AUGGUUUCACCAACGUGCUGUUUGCUUUUGAAAUCCAAUGAAGAUGCCGACGCGUUCGUCAGUCGUAUGAGUCAAAUGGAAAGAAGUAUGCUAUACGAUGCUCUUAAGAGGCGCUUCGAACAUAGUCCUGUCACUCAUCUCGAAUGUACAAGCAUGUCGACUGCCCAGAUGAGGUCUCUCUUCUUUUAUAAUGUGUUUCCCUUCAUUGGAUUUGGUUUUCUGGAUAAUUUCAUCAUGAUCUUGUCUGGUGAAUACAUCGACAUGUCUUUGGGAAUAUUGUUCAACAUUUCCACAAUGGCCGCUGCCGGAAUGGGGAAUCUCCUCUCUGAUGUCAGUGGCAUUGGCUUCGCUUACUAUAUUGAGAAUAUUGCUUCCCGGUAUGGUCUUUCUCUACCAUCUCUCUCUGAAGCUCAAUGGAAAAGUGCCAGAGUCCAGUUCAUGACAAACCUUGGUAGAGCACUUGGCUUAACAAUCGGAUGCAUUAUUGGAAUGCUUCCGUUGUUUUUCUUUGAUGAACAGAAAAAACUAACUUUAAAAAUGAAACGUCUGAAACCUUCAUGA